GCUCAUCAAGGUCUAGUGCGUACCCAGUGCCAGAAAGAACAGGUUUUAAUAGUUUUACUGCCAUGCCUUCAGUAAAGAAGGUCAAUUUGAUCAAAAAUCACUGUCGCGCUUCUCCAUGCGGAACUUGGGACAGAAGUUUGGAUUCAGUGGGGACACGCACAGAGCGCACAGGCGCACGCAGUGGGUCUAUUAGACGCUCUCCUAUUGGUCCAUAAUGUUGCACUGCUGCAUCAGCUGUGGUGCACUUACAUCCAGGCUGCGAGGAGCUGUUUGCAGAGGGUGUAUACAUCAGCGUCCGCUAUCUGAAUCUCUGAAUCCGCUAUAAUGUCUCAUCAGGCAGAGUUUUCAAAGAUUGCCGAAGAUGUGAAGAAGGUGAAGACGAGGCCCACAGACCAGGAGCUGCUGGACCUGUACGGCCUUUAUAAGCAGUCUGUUGUAGGAGACGUGAACAUAGACAAGCCUGGGAUGACGGAUUUAAAAGGGAAAGCCAAAUGGGACGCCUGGAACUCCCGGAAAGGAAUGUCCACGGAUGAUGCCAUGUCCGCUUACAUCACCUUGGCUAAAGAAGUUAUUGGAAAAUAUGGCAUGUAAUAAUUUGAAAGAUUGAACUAUUCCCUUCUAUUUAAGGAGACAUGGUAAAAUUACUAUGCAAUAAUAAAUCCCUAAAUAAAAUAUGAAACUAAUGCUUUUUUAAAUAAAAUGAUCUACAUGUUAAAUUUUACUAUUAAAAAAAAUACUAUUUACUAUGGAAAAAGCCAUCUGAACAGGUCAUGUUUCUUUGUUAUGUUUAUGGGACAAAAUGUCAGUAAAAGUAGCCUAUUGUCUUCCCUUUGCA